GACAGUUGGAAAGAAGUUGUAUAGGGGUAUAGGAGUCAAACAUAUGUUGAAUGUUGAACGACUUAUUUAAAUAACAAAAUGAGUCAGGAGGAUUUGUUAGCUCAAAUAAAGGAUUUAAAAGAAAAAUUAGAAGCUGCUAAACAGAAAAAUGUUCGGCAAAAGAUUAAAGAAAUGUCGUCUGAAGUCAUAGAUUCAAAUCCAUACAGUCGCCUCAUGGCACUUAAACGUAUGGGCAUAGUCAACAACUAUGAAAAGAUUAGAGAUUACACAGUAGCAGUUGUGGGUGUUGGAGGUGUAGGAAGUGUUACAGCUGAAAUGCUUACCAGAUGUGGCAUCGGAAGACUGAUUUUAUUUGAUUAUGAUAAAGUUGAACUUGCAAACAUGAACAGACUAUUUUUCCAACCCCAUCAGUCUGGAUUAAGUAAAGUAGAAGCUGCUGCAGAAACUUUAAGAAGCAUCAACCCAGAUGUUGAUAUUCAUACUUACAACUACAAUAUUACUACAGUAGAAAACUUUGAUAAUUUUACUGAGGUUUUAAGAACAAGCAGUUUGACUGGGGGCCCUAUAGAUGUGGUAUUAAGUUGUGUGGAUAAUUUUGAAGCUAGAUUUGCUAUUAAUACUGCUUGUAAUGAAUUCAAUUUGACUUGGUUUGAAUCUGGAGUCUCAGAGAAUGCUGUAUCUGGACAUAUUCAAUUUAUUGUACCUGGAGAAACAGCCUGUUUUGCUUGUGCUCCACCUCUGAUUGUUGCAUCAAACAUAGAUGAGAGUACUUUAAAAAGAGAUGGAGUAUGUGCUGCUAGUCUUCCAACUACUAUGGGUAUAGUAGCAGGUUUUCUGGUCCAAAAUACCUUGAAAUAUCUUCUUCAGUUUGGCCAAGUCACAAAUUAUUUAGGAUACAGUGCAUUAACAGAUUUCUUUCCAACAAUGAGUCUAAAACCUAAUCCAAACUGUGAAGAUUCACACUGUAGAUCAAGACAACGAGAUUUUGCCUUAAAACCCAAGCCAGAAAUAGCUGUGGAGGCUAAAGAAGAAAAGCCUGUACAUGAAGAUAAUGAGUGGGGUAUUAGUUUAGUAGAUGAGAGUUUAGAUGUCAAGGAAGAGGUCGAUAUUGCACAGGGUGUUCAAUUGGCUUAUGCAUUACCUAACCAGAAUGCUGUUGAGGAAUGUGAAGAAGCUACAGCAGCUAAUGAAAUUAGUUUAGAUGAGCUUAUGUCAAAAUUGAAAGAUAUUUAAUAGUUAAUUGUUAAAAAAAAAUAUCAUUCCUUUAUUUAUUAAUAAUUAUUUUUGUCUAAUUAUAUAGAAUGAGUCAGAAUGUCUAGAAUACUUUACCUAAUAAUAAUGCUACAGUCUUGAAAGCUGCAAGAAUUAAAUAAAUUUUUGUUUAUAAAUCAGUUACUUUGGCUAUACAGAGUAUGAGAAGUAUGUUACAGCUAUUUUAUAUAACAAAUAAACAGUAUGUUAUUAAAUUGGAGUGCAUUUGCAGAUGUCUCACAUUGAAAAGAAAAAAUCAUUCAGUUAGCUAUAAUUUUUCCCAUUACUGGUGACUCACUCUGUAUUGUAUUUAAUGUAUUAUUAACUAUUGUUUGUUUUAUUGGUGUUUUUAUUAAAAUUUUGUAGUGUUUGUUAU